AUGCAAGCUUUCGUAGCGUUCGUCUCGAUCGGAUACGCCGCCAUCGCGAUGUGGCUAGGCUCGAUGAAGCUCACGCGCUGGCAGAGGCGAAGCGUCCUGGUCACGUACACCGCAGCAGGAACUGUUGAGGCAACUUUUCUCCUGCAAGCCUUUGGCCUUGUGUCCAUCCACGUUGCGUACCAUUUGACGCUGGCGUUGACGGCUAUCUUCUUUGUUGCCUUCAACGUCACCAACGCGCUGCUAGUACUGGAAUCCGAGGAACCCGAUGCGGCAGCUGAGUCUGCAGAGUCAGUCCCGCGGAUCAUCGAGGCCACCCCAACACGUAUUGUAACAUCUCACCUAGCACCUUGUUGCUAA